UAUAAUAUUGCCAACCGCGCACACAGAGGAGUCAGAACAGCAGCUCCGUGCGAAACGCGCGCGCACGGCUGUGUCGUGCAUCAGUGUCUCUCUUUACCUAAAAAAUACAACUAUACUAUACUCGUGCAGUAUAUUACAACAAGUACAGCUUAAGUAAUAUAUUGAUAAAAUAUAUAUAUGUAGUAUUAUUAUUAUAAUGCAUAUAUGUAUUUCGUAAAAGAAAAAAAGUUAAAAAAAGGAAGAAGUGUUUUGUGAUUCGAAAAAAGAAGUGUUCUAUUUAUCGUAUUCGUAUAUAGUAAUAUAUACGCACGUACGCGCCAAUCCACAGUGUAUGUAUAAAUAUAUUAUACCCGUGUGUUUGUGCGAGUGUGUUACGAAAUAGUGCACGUUUAUCAACAACAGCAAAAAAAUCCAGUUAAUAAAUAAAAUUGCAACCGUGAAAAGAGAUAUCAAAAAAAAAAGGAAAGAAAGCGAUCUCGAGGAAGGGAAGAAGCGUUCAAAAAAGGAGCAGCGGAGACUGGUGUGCGUGCGUGUGCAGAAGCUGUAGAGGCAGAAUAGACGUUCUUCGAUCUCUACUGGCAUGGAGCUAGGAGUGCACUGACAGCGAUAUUUCACAAGAUCUUGGUUUCUAUGCAUUGCCUGCCAAAGAAGAACUGAGCCCAAUGUUUCCACACAAUUCUAGUUCACAUGAGAUUUCUACCGAAACAAAUGCCUUCGUACAAAAUUCCAAGGGGGAUGUAGUAGUAUUAGAGGAAAGCAGUCUGACUGGGGUGAGGGAUGUGGGUAAAAGACCAGAAGACGCUGGGUACUGUGAUAUCGAAUUCAUAAAGAACAACAAAAAUAACAACUGUGGCAGAUUAACGGAAAGCAGCAGCAAUAUGCCAAACUUUGUGAUGGCAAAACAAACAGCAGCAGCUGAACCUAUCAGCCAUACUGAAGCUGAUGCCAUCAUUGACCUCUCUACCGUCCUCAUGAGCGGUGCUGACAAGUCCUCAGCACAUGUGGAAGUAAAGUCAUCAUUAUCAGCAGAUGGCCAAAGUAUCGUUCGUAUCAUGAACACAUUUUUCAAUAAUGUUGAUGAAAAAACAAUCAACACUUUGAUUCAUUCAAAUAAGCCAAACAAAACUUGCAAUCAUGGCUUGGCCAAAGACAACAUCCAUGAUAAAGACUAUGAUGAGAUUAAAUUGAACCAUCUAAUUAAAGAACAAAAUGAAAAAAUGAAUAAUGCCAUUCAUGAUAAACAUCACAAUAACAGAGGUCAUGAAGCAACAGUAGCAGCAUCAAACAACCAUCAUAAGCAGCAGCAAAGCGCAGCUGCUAACUCUAAGUCUACAUCUAAGCCGUUAAGUGAUAAUAAGGAUAGCUUUAGCUCAGUAAGCCCUAGGGUACUAAGCUUAAGAAAUAAAACAACAGCAGCAGAUGUAUUCCAAUAUUAUCGUUAUCUCUCAACGAUGAUAAAGGACGAAGUUAAGGAGGAGGAUGAGCAGCGACGUAAGAUCAAUAACCGUCGUUGCUCAGCACCUAGCCUAGUUAGGAUGAUACCCAAGUCUGAUGAUGGCCAGCGGGCCCUUAACCUUAAGGCUAAUAUUAGUCAUGUAAGUUUAAUUAAUAAGCCGAAUAACUCCAUGUCUGUGAUAUCGCUCGGCUCGAGCUCAGCAUUCAACAGCAGCUUCAGUGGCAUGAAAAUCAGCCAGAACACCAUUAAGAAGAUCUUCAAUGAGAUUGAUCAAGAAGGCACGGUUAAUAAUCAUAAAGAGCGCCAGGCCAGUUCUUCCAUUACGCUUACCGUUCCUACAACCACGACAACAAGGCGGGCCUGCCUCUUCUUGAUCGAGCAACUCGUACAAGCUGGAAAGGAUGAGCUCGAACGACGACUAAUAAGCGCAUUAUGUGUUCCAUUAAAUUUAGAAUGUAAAGCUCCGAUGCAGCCGCUGCUGUCUCUACUGCAACUAAUGUCGUACCAGUACAUGAAGAAGCAGCUUUGGCAGCAGUUCAUGCUGACGAGCUCAAUCGAUGGUAUUAGCUAUACCGAAGCAACAAUGUUCACUGUUGGUGCUCCUUCGUCGCGGGUUUAUAAUGAUUAUAAGUCUAAUAAUGAGCCUCUAAAUACUAGCUUUAAGAUUUCUGGUGAUAAUGCGUCCUAUCGGCGUAUUACCAUUGAUAAUGAUGAUUAUCUAAUGCAACUUAAGGAGAUAAAAAUGCAGUUGUCUAAGUCUAUGCUGAUCGUUAAAAUUAAUACUGAAUAUGAUAACAAUAAGAACUACGAUAAGGACUACAGUAAGGAUAGUGAUAAGUCUGAUGAAUUCAAAGAGAAGGCGGUCGAUUAUGAUGAUAAUAAUAAACUAUGCCGGCGAUUUGAUGAGAAAACAAUGAUUGUUAGGCAGCCGGCCAACAAUAACAUUCCUAAUACCUGCGAGCCUACGAUGACGCUUAAUUGCCAAUCUACCACCGUUAUCAAAUCUCAAGCGAUGUUUGAUGUACCUGCAAUCCAAUCUACUCUCGAGAACGAGAUGAACAAGACGAAGAAAAGUGAUAAAACGGGAUCUAGUCUCGUUGAAGACUGCAAAAGCCUUCUCGCUGAUUAUUUCCGAGUGAAGCGUGACAAUGAUAAUUGUGAUGACAACGUACGCCAACUGACGAGACUGAGGGAGGUUCUGAAUACUCUGCUGACGACUAAACAUCGUUCAGCUCUCAUUGACGAAAUUAUUAAAAAUAAAGAUACUAUCCCAAUUCAAAAAUACGAGAACAACAACUGCGGCAGUGCAGCUAUGAUUCAUGACUACAAACAGCGCUGGGGCAUUCCAAGCCUCUUGGGACUCUGCGGCGGUGGGGAAAGCUCUCUCAACAGCGGAGCUACCGCUAGCUGGGCCUCGCAGCCAACUACACCGACCAAUAACAAUCCCGCUCCCUCCGGAUGGAGUGGCAGCAACAGCGUAGUUACCUCCGGUGGCAAUGCUUCCGGUUCUAAUCCGCAACAACAGCAACAAACACCACAAGCCAAUUGGCAGCAGGGAGCGCCGGGCAAUAGAAGUAUGCAAGGACAAGGACCACCCGGCAACCCAGCCCCUCAACAAGUGCCGCCUACAUCGCAAUCAAAUAACCAAACCACCGGUAACACCGCUGCCAAUACAAAUACUCAAUGGGGACAACAAGCCCAGCAGCAGGGCAAUAAAGCUACCAACCAGCAAUCUCAAAAUAACAACGGUUCAGGUGUUGCACCUCAGCAGCAGCAACCACCGAAUCAACAGCAGCCGCAACAAGCUCAGCCUCUGCAGCCUCAGCAACAAGCCGGAGUCAACAACAACCAGCAGAUGCCGAACUCUGUGGCAGUCAGUGCCGGAUCUCCUCCCGCUACCAAUCCGUCAACCAAGCAACAACUUGAACAGUUGAAUACUAUGAGAGAAGCUUUAUUCAGUCCUGAUGGCUGGGGAUGCCAACAUGUUAACCAAGAUACAAACUGGGAUGUGCCUGGCACCCCAGAGCCAGCAAUUAAGUCUGAUAAUCCUAUGUGGAAAACUACAGUGAAUAAUGGAACCGAUUUAUGGGAAGCGAAUUUGCGCAACGGCGGUCAACCGCCCCCGCAACAAGCCAAAACACCCUGGGGACACACCCCGUCAACCAACAUUGGUGGAACUUGGGGCGAAGACGAUGAUACCGCUGAUACAUCGAACAUGUGGACUGGCACUCCUUCGCAACCACCGGCUCAACCCAACACUGGCCAAUGGCCAGGCGCUGGUGGCAAUACCUCGCAAACCGGUAUGUGGCAACCAGGUGGAAGUUCUGGUGGACCUGCCUCGACUGGGGGCUCGAAUUGGGGCGAUCCACGCGUGGAUCCCCGUGAUCCACGUGAAUUGCGCUCGGUUGAUCCUCGCGAACUUCGCGAUCCACGAGAUCAUCGUAUGUCUCUGGAUCCUCGUGAACAACAUAUGCGCGUCAUGGACUCUAUGGGGGCUCGAGACAUGCCUCGCAUGCCGGGUGAAGUUCGUGGCGAUCCCAGAGGUGGAAUAUCUGGCAGACUCAAUGGCUCCAGCGCCGAUGCGAUGUGGAACCAACCUCCGGGUCCACCUCAUCAUCAAAUACCAAGCCAUCAACAUCCUAAUGGCCCACCAAAUAAGAUGAUCGCACCUUCGAAUAUUAAUCAGUGGACUGCUCCACCACCCAAAGAUAUGAUACCCGGAAAACCAACAGGAUGGGAAGAACCUUCACCUCCCACUCAAAGACGCAACGUUCCCAAUUACGAUGAUGGCACUAGCCUCUGGGCUAAUCCUGCAGCCAAUCAACGUCCGAUGCAAGGAAACAAAGCUCCUCACUGGAAAGAUGUGCAAACUCAAAACUUCGGACGUGGAAACGAUUACUUUGCCUCGGGUGGCAUGCAAUGCCCUCCCGGUAUGAUGCAAAAUCAAAUGCCAGGUCAGCCAGGUAUGAAACCAGAUACAAGCGGUGGUCAGAUGUGGGGUGCAAAUUAUCCAGGAAGCGGUGCCGGACCUACCGGUGGAAGUCACAAUGGCUCUUGGACCGACGGUCCAUCUGAUAUUUCAAACUGGAGCAGUGGCGGCGCUAUUCGUAAACGUAGUGUACGUGAUAUUGUCAAUCCCCAAACUUCCGGCAAGAACUUCAGUUGGGAUGAACAUAAAAAACCGCCUAUGGGGCCAUCCGGUGCCGGCAAUUGGGGUGACUCAGAUAUGGAUCCGUCUAGUAACUGGGCAGCGCAUACUCCUCAUAAGCCUACGUUGACAAAAGAAUUGAUUUGGAACAGUCGUGAAUUCAGAUACCUUUGCGAUAUGGGAUUCAAGAAAGAAGAUGUUGAAUUAGCUUUGCGCAAUCGUGAAAUGAACUGUGACGAAGCUCAAGAAUUAUUGAAUCAACUGCGCCCGACUGAUCAGUGGCGUCGUCACGAUGGAGGAGGCCAUUCCAGCUAUGAUCCUUCGAGUCAAUCAGCCGGAAGCCAAUCCUUCUCGCGAUUCAACCACAUCAGCCAACCAGUAGCAUUUACACCGGGAGUCGGAGUACCGAGUAGCGCCGUGCCCGCGUCCGGUGGUUCGGUCGCUAGCUCCAGUCUAUUGAAGCUGCACCAGCAACAGCAACAGCAGCAGCAGCAGCAGGCGGCCGCAGCUGUGCAAUUGCAACAGCAGCAACAGCAGCAACCACCGAGCAGUAAUACGCCUCAGCAGUCUUUCAAUCAGCAGUCAUCUCGUCUGCCAUCGAAUCCGCCAAGUGCUCAACAGCUGCGUAUGUUGGUUCAACAAAUCCAACUGGCUGUGCAAGAAGGUUAUCUGAAUCAUCAAAUUUUGAAUCAGCCCCUGGCUCCUCAGACUUUGAUGCUUUUGAAUCAGCUUCUGCAACAGAUCAAGGUUUUACAACAGCUUCAUCAGCAGCAUUCCAUGCAGAACGCCAUCAAGAAUAACAGCCAGAACGUGCUUCAAAUCAGCGUUCAGAUUACCAAAACCAAGCAACAGAUUACUAACUUGCAAAAUCAAAUCUCUGUACAACAGGCUACGUAUAUGAAACAACAACAGCAACAACAACAGCAACAACAUCCGAGCACGCCGUCUCAAUCUUCAGAUUAUUACAAACCGUCGAUUCAAGAUCCAAUGAGCGCUUUGCAGAGCAGUUUCAGCGAUCUAUCAAUGCACAAAGAAGCUCCGGUGCAGAGCCAGCAGCAAUCUCGCUUGAACCAAUGGAAGCUUCCGUCUCUUGACAAGGAUACAGAUUCCGUAGUCAAUGAAUUUUCACGAGCUCCAGGUAGCUCAAGCAAGCCACCUUCAACACCAAGCAGCUUAAACUCGGCGCACAGUAAUCCGCUGUUAGGUCCUGGAGACGCUACUUGGUCAUCUAGACUCGGAGAUAGCGGUUGGCCUGACACAAGUAACAAUGAUGCAACUGACGGCAAAGACUGGCAGCCCGGCGGUACAAGUGCUGCAUUUGCUGAUCUCGUACCGGAAUUCGAACCAGGCAAACCCUGGAAGAUGAAAUCCAUCGAAGACGAUCCAAACAUAACACCUGGUUCGGUAGUUCGCUCGCCACUAUCAUUGGCAGCAAUUAAAGAUACCGACACUAUAUUUGCACCUGGCAGUAAGUCAUCGUCACCACCUCAAUCUGUCAACUCUGAUAAUACACCCAUUCCAAGCUUGAGCAAUUCAACCUGGAGUUUCACACCUGCAGCAGCCACAACACCAGUCUUUCCAAGCUCGAAAAAUACAUGGGGUGAUUCAGCUCCACCACCAACAGCGGUUACGUCCGAGCUCUGGGGUGCUCCAAUGAACAACAAAUCGCGGGGUCCUCCACCUGGAUUAGGCAGUAAGGGUGGCUCUGUAAGUAAUGUGAGCAACGGCUGGUCUUCAUCAAUUGGACGCUCAAAUACUUGGGGCUUACAGUCCAACUCUCCUGGAGGAAACGGUGGCAAUCCUGGUGGCUGGGUUUCUCCAUCCACUUGGUUGCUGCUGCGCAAUCUCACUCCCCAAAUUGACGGAUCUACUUUGAAAACUCUGUGCAUGCAGCACGGACCUGUACAAGAUUUCAGACUUUACCUCAACCAUGGCAUUGCCCUCGCUAAAUAUUCAUCGAGAGACGAAGCUAUCAAGGCUCAAGGAGCUCUUAACAACUGCGUACUUGGCAAUACCACGAUAUUUGCCGAGUCACCAGUUGAUAGCGAGGUGCACACUCUCCUGCAGCAACUUAGUCACGGCAGCGCGGGACCAUCUCCUGCUGGACCAGGCGCUACUCAGCAGCCACCGGGCAGCGUCGGUCCAAACGCUCCUAGUUGGGUUGGUGGUCUUAGAUCGUCCGGCUCUAACAAGAGCGUUGGUCCUCCCAGCGCUAAUGAUACUUGGGCUGCUGCGAGUGGUGCAAGCCAACUCUGGGGCGCCCCGCCGACAGGCAAUUCACUGUGGGGCAGUAGUGGUCUCGAUGGUGGCGACCAGCAGCGUACCACUCCGAGCUCUCUGAACUCCUACCUUCCCGGUGAUCUGCUUGGCGGUGAAUCCAUGUAAGGUGAAACCUUACCAUGUAAAGUAUCAGCAACACCAUUACGAUAAAACGCUUGAACUCAUCAAUACGUCAAUUACCACCAAACCAGUAAGAAAGCGUAAGGAACCAAUGACUAUAACAAAAAAAAACUACCUAUAUAAUAACGGACAGCUGAACGAAUGCGAGAAAGAGCGAGACUGUAGGCUACUAAUUGUGAAACGAUACAUAUUGCGAUACUACACAUUAUAUUAUUAUAUUCAGGCGUGCGUGAACGUGAGACUCGCUUUUAUGCGACAAAAGAAGCAAAGGUUAUAUACAUAUAUUCGUCCCCGAAUAUAUUUAUAUAUAAGAUAUACAUUAUAUAUAUUUAAACGUUACUUAAAAAGUAAAGGAUAAGCCGAGUGUGGUGAUCAAAUAAGUAAUGAGAGAGCUGAAGGUGACGAUGGUCUUAAGACUUGAACUGUAUUAUUGUAUUAUAAAAAAGCUUUAUGUCUUAGUGUUUUUAAAUUUUUCUGAUACUUUAUUUUUAAGUUGAUAACGAUGAGCGUGAUUCAAACUUGACCUGGUCAUCGUUGAUUUCAGCUCUCAAAUCGCACCGUAAAAAGUAGGAAGUGUCACCAUGCGCGCGUUUAAUCUUUUUCUAAUGAAAGAUACUAGUACUAGUGCUGUGUGUUAGGAGGGCAAGGCUCGCCGGACGGUUCAUGUAUUUUUUUGCUUAUAUUUAUGCAUCGACAGUCGUUAAUUAAGUAAAAAUGGGAAGGGCUCUAUAUAUAAACAUAUAUAUUUCAUAAGGACUUAUUAGUAACAUGCAUGGUAAACCACGCGUACACAAUGAGACAUCUAAAAAUAAUAAUAAUCAACUAUACCGGCGCCGUGCUUUCAGACUAACAAAAAAAUUAUUAAUUAUAAUGAGUGUUCUACUUUCAUUUCAUUCAUUCUCUACGAUACAUCAUGAUCGAUCGCCGGCUAACCCGUAGUAAUACGGCGUGAGUAUCACGAACUUUAGACUGUACCAAUCUAAUCAAAAAACGAUGAGCGUUGACGAUAUUCUUAAGUGUGAUGAAACAAAUGAGAAAAAAGUUCUUAAAACUAUUUAUUAAUAUAUAAACGUACGUACGAAAGAUAGUUAAAAAUGAAUUGAUAAUUAAAUAGAAAAAAAAGGUGAUAAAUACAAAAUGAGUUAAUCCGGAUCUCCACGUGAAAUUGAAAAACGCGUAAAUGAACAUGAAACUAUGUGGUUUCUCUUGUGCGCUUUUAUUUAGUAAAAAAAGUAAAAAAUAAAUAAUUUCUCUCCGUUCCCGAAGUCUGAGAUACACACGUACACAUAUACAUUACAUUAGAAAUAUAAAAUACAUAGAGAGAAAUGAGAAAAAAAAUCAUCGUGGGAAAUCCGUCGUGUGCGAGUUAAUUGGAGGAUAAGCGUAUCGCCAUUCAUGAAAUAAAAUAUAAAGAUACUGAAAAGCCAACAAGUAUAAGAGAGAUUGAAUGAUAGGUAGAAGAGAGGGUGAGACGCGGCCGGCGACGCAACGAUACCAAAUGUUAUCGCAAUAACGUAAAUUUUAUUCUAUUAUUAAAUCUUAAUGCCACCUGUCGUGCCAAUGUCCAGUGUGUCUCUGUACCAUUUACUAAUUGUAGAAUUUUAAUAAUAGAGAAAAAAAAUUAGGAAAUAAGCUGACGUAAAAUAAACUUGUUAAGCUGAAGAUUAAUCAAUAAUACAAAGAGAGACUCUCUCUUUCAAGUAAAAAGGGUUUGGGAUUGAAUUUCGUUUUCGUUUCCGCUAUGUACAAAAAUAUAAGUAUCUAUUAAUAAUGAACGAAAGUUUGGGGUUUAAUCAAACGGUAUAUAAAAUAAUAUAUAAGAUGAAUUGAUGCUCGAGCUUUUGCGUGUUUAUCGCGAAAAACAUUUAUUAUAAGCAAUUACCGAUCCGUUUUAUCAGAUUUUCCUGUGCAUUAAAAACAAAAAAAUACGCAUGAUUAGUACGUAUUUAAUAAUAUAUAUCAUAGUUAAUUAUAUGAUAGCCUGCACUCGAUGACGAAUGACGAAAUGACGAAUUUCAAAACCUUCAACUUUAAGAAAAAAUAGCUAUGCCAUUUUUUCGAAAAAUCACCCAACUGAGAAUCUUCGUUCCUCAAAGCAAAAUAACUCAUAACGGACCGAUAAUUGAUAUUUAACAAUUAAAAAACUGAACUCGCUCGAUUUUGAAAGAAUUCAAGAGCGUUUCGUGACUGUACUUUGUUACUAAGCCUCUCAAAGUCCAUUCUGUUAUUGAUCAAAAAUAGUAGAGCUUUUUAGUGACUGCUUCGGUCGCGUAUAAGUUUCAAGAAGGAAAUGUGUAUAAAAAUGAAGAGAUUUCAUAGUGAUAUGCGUUUAAGCACGAAGUUUUUACGAUUUAAAAAGUAUAUGUGAGUUUUUUCUGUAUGUAUGUAUUGUGUGAAUAAUUCAAGUAUGAUUGCAAAUAUACAUAAGUGUGAUAAUAAGUAUGCUGGGACGUUAUAACGUGAUUAUCUUUAUAUUCUUUUGUUGCGUUUCUCCGCGUUUAAAUGAAAAACGUACCUGAUUGACUGACGAGAGGAAAUACGUUUGUUGAACUAUAGUAACCCUUAUAAUCCAAAAAAAAGGAAAAAAGAUGAACUAUUGAAUUUGAUAUUUACCUUUGAUCUUUAUAUAUUUUAAGCUUGUUUUUAAAUAAUUUAUUUAAGUAGUAGAACAGACGAAUUUUCACUCAUCAUUCUUUUUUCUCCCGCUUGUUUUAAGCUUUGCUCAUAUUAAGAAGUUCGAAGUUCUUUUUACUUGAAGAAUUUCAGAUAUUUUCUUCUCAGUCAAUAAUAAUGGAACAAGACAUGCGAGAAGUAAUGAUUUUAUGAAAAAAAAAAAAAAAAAAAUUAAAAACCAAAAAAAAAA